AAAGAGCCGUGCGGAGGCGCGCUGGGCGUACUGUCGCGCGCACAGAGGCGGCACACGUGUCUCCCGGUGUGGGUCCUGAGUUUCACCCUACCCUUCAGGAUCCAGAGAUUGGGGUGGACUCCAAACCCCUUUUGGUGUCUGCUCACUCUGGCCUGUGUGAACGUGAUCCACGCAGUUCCCCGCGCUCAGGGAGCCAACUUGGCCAAGCAACUGUCCCGGGAGCGGCGCGCGGGGGGUACCGGGCACUGCGCAUGCGGAGCUCCAAAUUCAAACAGCUGUGUCCAGGGCUGCAGGACGGGUGAACCGGGAGCUGCUGGAAUUAGGGGACUCUUUCUCUAGGAGGUGGCCAUUCCAGAGCCAUGGUGGACCGGGGUCCCUUACUCACCUCGGCCAUCAUAUUCUACCUGGCCAUCGGGGCGGCGAUCUUCGAAGUGCUGGAGGAGCCACACUGGAAGGAGGCCAAGAAAAACUACUACACACAGAAACUGCAUCUACUCAAGGAGUUUCCGUGCCUGAGUCAGGAGGGCUUGGACAAGAUCUUACAGGUGGUGUCUGAUGCUGCGGAUCAGGGUGUGGCCAUCACCGGGAACCAGACUUUCAACAACUGGAACUGGCCCAAUGCGAUGAUUUUUGCAGCCACCGUCAUCACCACCAUCGGUUAUGGCAAUGUGGCUCCCAAGACCCCAGCUGGCCGCCUCUUCUGUGUCUUCUAUGGCCUUUUCGGGGUGCCGCUGUGCCUGACAUGGAUCAGCGCCCUGGGCAAGUUCUUCGGGGGACGUGCCAAGAGGCUGGGCCAGUUUCUUACCAGGAGAGGAGUGAGCUUGAGGAAGGCUCAGAUUACAUGUACGGCCAUCUUCAUCGUGUGGGGUGUCCUGGUCCACCUGGUGAUCCCGCCCUUUGUGUUCAUGGUGACAGAAGAAUGGAACUACAUCGAGGGCCUCUACUAUUCCUUCAUCACCAUUUCCACCAUUGGUUUUGGGGACUUUGUGGCAGGUGUGAACCCCAGUGCCAACUACCAUGCCCUCUACCGCUACUUUGUGGAGCUUUGGAUCUACCUGGGGCUGGCUUGGCUGUCCCUCUUUGUCAACUGGAAGGUGAGCAUGUUUGUAGAAGUACACAAAGCCAUUAAGAAGAGGCGGCGGAGGCGGAAGGAAUCCUUUGAGAGCUCCCCACACUCCCGGAAGGCCCUGCAGAUGGCUGGAAGUACCGCCUCCAAGGACGUCAACAUCUUCAGUUUUCUAUCCAAAAAGGAGGAGACCUACAAUGACCUCAUCAAACAGAUUGGGAAGAAGGCAAUGAAAACAAGUGGGAGUGGGGAGCGGGUCCCAGGACCUGGACACGGGCUGGGGCCUCAAGGGGAUGGACUACCCGCCAUCCCUGCAUCCCUGGCACCUUUGGUGGUCUAUUCCAAGAGUCGAGUGCCCAGCUUGGAAGAGGUAUCUCAAACUCUAAGAAACAAAGGACAUGUGUCAAGGCCACUUGGUGAGGAGGCUGGGGCACAGGCCCCCAAGGAUGGUUACCCGACCUCCGAAGUGUUUACUAACCAACUGGACCGGAUCAGUGAGGAGGGGGAGCCAUGGGAAGCCCUGGACUACCACCCGCUCAUCUUCCAGAAUGCCAACAUUACCUUUGAAAAUGAAGAAACCGGCCUCUCAGAUGAGGAGACCUCUAAGUCUUCCGUGGAGGACAACCUGACCUCAAAGGAGCAGCCUCAACAGGGGCCCAUGGCUGAGGCGCCCUUGAGCAGCACGGGUGAAUUCCCUUCAUCGGAUGAGUCCACCUUCACCAGCACUGAGUCAGAGCUCUCUGUGCCUUACGAGCAGCUGAUGAAUGAAUACAACAAGGCAGACAGCCCCAGGGGCACGUGAGGUGGGCCUGGCUCCCCACCUGCUCUCCAGGGGCUUCCUCUCACUAGGGUUGUCCUGUGAUUGCCAGACCCCCCGAGGAGAAGGCUCUGGAAAUGAGAUGGGGAGCCAGGGACCUGCCUUUCCUUCUGUCCUCUCCAGUUGGUUGCUUCCAUGGGAUGUGGUGUUGGCUCAGGACAGGCCUCCAUUCUAUGGCCCAGUGGGGAGGCUGCUGUCCUGGGCCUGCCUGGCAGGUAUAACUGCUGACUCAGAGGCACGAAGGCUGCAACACUCACCCUGGAGGUCCUGUGUUUGCUGCUUGAGUCUUCCCCCAUUGUUCGGUUGACUUUUGUACGGUUCUCUGAGGCCAGGAGCUUCAGCUGAGUUCACCAGUGUUAAUGGGCGACACCCUUGUACCUGGCACUAAGCUAGACAUCUGGAAGGAGGAGCUUGUAAAAACCACAGUUGGCGCGUGAUUCUCGGGUGUUCUGGGAAGGCACAGAUAUGAUGGGGUUGGGGCCCCUCAGUACCCCAGCAGUAGCAGGACCUACUUACCCACCUACUCAUCACUGCCCUGCAAGCCCCUUACUGUAAACCUCAGGGCAGGGCCUGUGGGAGAGGGGGUAUGUGUGUCCUCUAUGUGAAGCCACGCCCACCUCAGAUUCCCUUUGAAUAGCAACAGCGGGCCAAAGGUUUCCUGUGCCCUGAAAGUGCAGGAGAAAGAUGGAAACUCCGGGUGUGGCCAGGGAGCUCAGAAUGAGGUGCAGGCCCCUCAGCCCCAACCUAGGCACCCACACUCCCAGCCCACCGUCUAAUUUGGUGGAGAUUCCCUCACUGCCUCUCCCUCUCCUCUCUUAGUGGGACCUGUGGAGUGAGGCCAGAUUGUUCUCAGCUCAUAGAACUGUGAAUUGAGCUCCCGCCUCCAGGCACUGUAUGGUGUUAGCAUGUGCAGGUGCCAGUGGGCAUGCGUGUGCGCAUUUGGGCUGGGGAGAAAAGAAAAUGUGAAUCUUACUGGUCCAGUUCCUAGUGAGGUCUGGGAACUAGCUGCUGUAUAAGUCCUUGAUGCUCAGCCUUCAACUAGCCCACUCUGACCUAAAUGCUUUUUGUUAUUAAUAUUUUUUUUUAAUGAACUGUUGUUUUUAUACCCAGAGCCAGUAAAGAACAGAGUCCCUGCCGUUGGGAUGGAGGUCUGUCAGGCACUCUGUUGUCCUCCCAACUCAGCUUGUCCUUUGCCAGCCAAAGUCUAGCUAGGGAGGGACAACCGCAGGUCUUGGGUGCAGGGCGGGAGAUAUGGAGUUCCCAGCUCAGCUGAUAACCUGCCUCAGCCCCUUCUCCUGCCAUGUACACUUGCCAAGGGGCAUAUAGGGCCAGAGCCCCCACAUGUGAUGACAGUGAGAGGUGUGUGUCCAUACCUCUACCAUUAUCAAAGCGGUUGCAGAGGCCACAGAGCCUCAUGGUGGGAGGGAGGAAGAGCCUGGCUCCUGUGAGACGUCCUAAGCUGACUGUCCUGGAGCCACACCAACCACGCAUGUGCUGGGGGUGAAGGCAGAUGUAAUUUAUUUUAGCAUUUUUUUUUUUACAAUAAAACACAUGAACAAGCCCA